AGUUCGUAUAUCCGCAUAGUACUGUGCACACGUCCGUCCAAACAAAAUGUUCUCAUCGCGCUUCCUAGCGAUCGCCGCUGUUUUGACAGCGGCAGCCGCGUUACCGGCAACAGACAAGCCGGCUGUACCCCGCCCCAUCACAACAAUCACAGAAACAGACAUCGACGACGCACCAUGGUUCACGUUCCCAGUUUUCGGAAGUCUCUUUGCGCCGCUAUGGAAACUUUUCCCGACUUUCGCUGACAUCGGUCCUAGAAUCGUAGCAGACGACAAUAAAUUCCAAGUAAUCGUGAACGUGAAGGACUACAAGAAGGAAGAUUUGAAGGUGAAGGUCAAGGGAGACUUUAUCUUCGUGCAGGGAUCGCACGAAGCGAAACAGGACGACCGUGAUAUUUUCGCGAGCCAGUUCUUCCAUACUUACACGUUACCGGUUAAUUCUACCGCUUCUGCGGUGACCGCUGAGUUAUCAAGUGAUGGAUUCCUAGUUGUCAGUGCACCUAUUGGCGGCGCAACCGAGAGCACUAGUGAGUCAGCCGAGAGGGAAGUGCCAAUUACUGAAACUGGUGUCCCAUACCAGAAAGAAGAUUCGACCACGACCGCAUCGCCAAUCGAUUCGGAAGACGACAAAAGAGAACAGACAACGACAUCUGAUCGCGAACUGGUUACUGAAAAAGAUAAUGUCAUACCCCACGGAAACGACUUGGCUGUUUAAAGUGAUAUCCUAGUUUUUAAGUAUUUAAUUAUAAAUCAGUAUUUUAAUAAAUAUUUUUAUAUU